AGCUGGAAAAGGCCCUUGCUUGAGUUUCAAGCAUUGGUGGCUCCGAAGUCUCCCAACCAAACACCAAAAUCUCAAACCUUAAAAAUCUGACUUAAAUCUCAAACCACUGUUGAAACCCAGAAAUCCUUUGGGGCAAAAACCAAAAAAAGGUUAGAGAAAUAGAAAAUGGCGAGCAAUUCAAUCAACUUGGAAGAUGUACCGUCUGAAUCGCUGAUGACUGAGCUUCUUCGCCGCAUGAAAUGCGCCACCAAACCCGAGAAGCGUCUCAUCCUCAUCGGUCCACCUGGAUCGGGAAAAGGUACUCAAUCACCAAUAAUCAAGGAUGAGUACUGCCUGUGUCACUUGGCCACUGGUGAUAUGCUGAGAUCCGCUGUCACUGCUAAAACCCCUCUCGGUAUUAAGGCCAAGGAGGCUAUGGAUAAGGGAGAGCUUGUUUCCGAUGACCUAGUUGCUGGCAUUAUUGAUGAAGCCAUGAAGAAACCUUCAUGUCAAAAAGGUUUCAUUCUUGAUGGAUUUCCAAGGACUGUUGGCCAAGCACAGAAGCUUGAUGAAAUGCUUGAAAAGAAAGGAGUUAAAAUUGAUAAGGUGCUUGAUUUUGCAAUUGAUGAUUCGAUCUUGGAGGAGCGGAUUACUGCUCGCUGGAUCCACCCUGCUAGUGGUAGGACCUACCAUACAAAAUUCGCACCUCCUAAAGUUCCCGGCGUUGAUGAUGUGACUGGGGAGCCUUUGACUCAACGUAAAGAUGAUACUGCGGAAGUUCUCAAGUCAAGGCUAGAGACAUUUCACAGGCAAACCGAACCGGUGAUAGAUUAUUAUUCCAAGAAGGGGAUAAUCGCGAAGCUCCAUGCCGAGAAGCCCCCGAAAGAGGUUACGGAAGAGGUGAAGAAAGUACUCUCUUGAAGAGACCUCGUUGCAGAUGAGAUUCUAUGGGUGGUCUCAUGAAUGUUGCUUCUUUUAACAUACAAACAGGGACGAAAGAUUUUAGAGUUCUGUCAUGUUUUGAGUACAUGUCAUUGUUAUUUUGGCCCAUAUAUCAGGCAUUGUUCAAGUACUGAUGAUGAUGAUGCUUAUACUUGACAACAGUUGUUUUUUGGACAAUUUU